UUGUUUAACAAGAAACAUUCAACAUCAUGAGGGGAAACAAUAAUUACUCCUUUCUGAUUCUCCUCUAUUUUCUAAUUCUACACAUCCUUCGUUCUAGCUCUUGUAUAGACAAAUGUGGAGAUAUCAAGAUCCCAUUCCCCUUUGGAAUCGGAAAUGGUUGCUAUCUCGACGAGUGGUACGAAAUCGUCUGUAAAAAAAAUGCUAGCUCCGGGAAGGAAUUUCCGUUUCUUUUCAAGAUCAAGAUGGAGGUUGUGAAUAUUUCCCUUCCGAUAAAUUAUGAUGGUUAUGCUAAUUUCCGGCUGUUCUCUUCAAUUCGUGUCAAAAGCCCGAUCUCAUCCGUGGGAUGUUCUAGCGAUGGAGCAGAAUCCGGAUCACCUUUGAAUUUGACGGAUUCACCUUUUUUCUUUGGGGACGGAAACAGCCUUGUAGCUGUUGGUUGCAACAACAAGGCAUCGCUGACAAAUGUAGAAACAAGGAUGGUGGGAUGCCAGUCAACUUGCACUACAAGCAACAAUUCGCAGAGCAUUCCAUUUUUUGAAACAUUUGGAUGCUCCAGCAGAUACCAAGGCAUGUUGCCUACCAACUACAUACCAGUUUGCAAUACAACCAAAAAACGGGAAGAGACAAUCUGCAACGGGAAUGGAUGCUGCCAGGCAAGUGCACCUGCUGGUGGUCAACAAGUCAUUGGUGUCACAAUAGCUAACAUUAAUGAUGGAAACUUGACGACAGGAGGAGAAUGCAAAGUCGCGUUCUUAACAGAUGAAGUCUACACUUUAGCGAAUGCAACCAAACCAGAACUGUUUCUUUCUGAGGGACAUGCUACUGUUAGCCUAGGAUGGUUCAUCCAAACAAAGAAUCUUUCGUUUCGAGAAUUGUUGGGCUGCCAAAACAAAGACGAGUUCGAUAAUACACAAUUAAAGAGACGCACAGCAAAAUGCACAUGCGACAAUCAUACAAUUUCGAGGACCAGUUAUGCAAGUUGUGCAUGUCUUAAGGGUUACCGGGGUAAUCCAUACCUUCGGGACGACUGCAAAGGUAAAUAACUGUUUCCGUAAGUUCAUUUUUCUGUGUCUAACAUUAUGCGAGCUUUGCAUAGCAUCUAUGGCGGUAGACAAACAAUCUAUAUAAUAGUAAUAAUCUUAGAAAAUGUUUCUAAAGGUUGCGUUUCUUUUGUCAUAACUUUUGUUCUGAUAAUUGUUUUCCGAAACAUUUUCUAAGAUUAUGUCAUUUGAAUGUUAUGACAUAAGAAACGCAACCUUUAGAAAGUAAUGAAAUUCAUGCUUGACC